CUGAGACUCUGUGUCUUUAGGUGAUCGCUACUGGUCGUAUCUCCACUGCGCGGUAUUGUCUGCGACAGGUUAUGGGCCCCGCCUGAACCACUAGCGGCAAAUCAAGAAACAUCGAACUACUCCCUUUACUAAGGCGAGUAUCUUUCACUCGUUCAGCCCUUCUAGAGCGCCGUCUUUGUGCGCUCGUCCCACUUGCUGGAUGUCGGUCCUCGCAUUUGUGCUCUCACCCUCAAGGGGUUACGCGAGCGGCGUCAGGGAGUCAUUCAGUUGGCAGACGCGCCGUUAGCUAUUCCGUCCAUGAUUGCUCGCGCGCGUUUUACGUUACAUCUUUUUAUUGUACAGCGGACAUACCCACCAGGCACUGGUCCUUUGGUCAAUCCCACUCCUGAACCUUGCGCGAAGCGCCUAGGUGGUGUGGUAGCUCUCAACAGCUGCUGGAGGUCAAUCCCUCCGCCAGGCAAAACAAUCCUUCGGGGUUGACUCGCAUUCCUCACAAGGGACCCUGCGGGCUGGUGACACUACGAGGAUUCAUGCAAUGACGCUCUGCGUGUAUGCAUGUCUUUAAAAGGGAGAAGAUGGGCGGCCAAACCCGGUGCUUGGGACGGCCUUGGGCACGUGUCCCUUGGCCAGUGACGGACUGCGAGGGCAGUAAUCACCGUCGGGUACUGCCGCCGCUGACGUAUAUAGUUACGUUACUUUGAUACAAAUAUGGACACUUACUAUACCGCUUUAUUUCGUUAUCAUUCCCCGCGCGUAUAUGGGCAUCAUGGAUGGGAUGGGGACGCUUGGUCGUUCUCGUUUCAGAGAUUUGGCACUUGGGAUUUGUUUCUUGGUCUGCAGAGAAUCUGGGGCUGACUUCGUCGCUCUAGUCUUCAUCUCUAUCACCCUGUCAUCACCAGACAACCCUCCCGUUGGGGUCAUCCUAUUUCCUGUUGUCCGUUGGGCUCAGGGACCUUCUUACACUACCCUUCAAGACACCGAUUGGGAAGACCUAUACGAACUUGGUGAACACGACAACGAAGAUCUAUUUCACCAUCAGGACAAUUGGACUCCUGAGCUUCGGUCCCUAUUCGGUGAUCCUCCCUAUAUCGAAUUCCCCUCUCUCCACUAUCAAACCGCCGACGUUAUCGAGUAUCUCCCCACCAUGUCGGGAAUCGAGAAACUCAACAACUCCAUUCUGAGUGUCUUCGAUGGCACCAAUUGGAAUACGUGGUCGGACAACUACAUGAGCAUCUGCAUGCAUCAGGGCACCUGGGGAGUGGUUAAACCCACUCAUAUUAUGGUUAACGGCACAUCUA